GUUCAUAAUAUUACGAAAGCCCCCCCAUAACCUUCCUCUCGUUCCUUCAGCGUUAGUUCUGUCAGGCAAUCAAUCGAAAAGCUUCAAUGCUCGACAACACCUGACCGCUCUCGCUCUGGCAAUGGCGGUCCUCCACGGCCCCCCUCCGGCUCCGCCCUCCACGGUUCGGCCCCGAGCUUCUGGGUUUUCGAGCUCGUUCUUGAUUCUGCCCAAAUUCAGCUUCUUGAGCUCGGCCAAUUCCAGUAUUUUCGGAACGAACAACGGAGCUUUCCUUAAACCCGUUUCUUCUCCCACUCACCGGAGAUGGUCCCGAGGCGUCGCGAUCAGAGCAGCGAAAGCCGAUUACUACUCGGCCCUGAACGUCGGCAAGAACGCAUCUUUGCAGGAAAUCAAGAGCUCUUACCGCAAACUAGCCCGUAAGUACCAUCCCGAUGUAAACAGAACCCCUGGAGCCGAAGAUAAGUUCAAGGAGAUCAGUGCCGCAUACGAGGUGCUAUCAGACGAAGAGAAAAGAUCUUUAUAUGAUCGUUUUGGUGAGGCAGGUUUACAGGGAGAAUAUGGAGGUUCUGCGGGCAAUCCAUCAGGGGUGGAUCCCUUUGAGGUCUUUAGUGCUUUCUUCGGUGGAUCAGAGGAUCCUUUUGGAGCGGGAGGUGAAUCAGGAGGCAUCAACUUCAGUUUUGGGGCCAUGGGAAGAAAGGGCCUUGACAUUCGAUACGAACUUUACCUGAGCUUUGAAGAAUCAAUUUUCGGAGGCCAGCGGGAAAUCGAAGUUUCGUGUUCUGAAGUUUGUGAUAGUUGCGCUGGAACCGGCGCUAAGUCUAGUUCCUCCAUAAAAUCAUGUACUGCUUGUGAAGGCAGAGGUGGGGUGAUGAAAACUCAGAAAACUCCUUUUGGAGUGAUGUCUCAGGUUUCUACUUGCUUCAAGUGCAGCGGAGAAGGCCAGAUCAUUACUGAAAAUUGCACUCGCUGUAGUGGCAGUGGCAACAUUCAGUCAAAGCGAAGUAUGCAAGUUGUCAUUCCCCCUGGAGUCAGUGAUGGAGCUACGAUGCAACUCCAGAGAGAGGGAAAUUUUGACAAUAAGAGGGGUAUAGCUGGUGAUCUCUACAUAAUUAUCCAUAUUGAUCAAAAACAGGGGAUUAGGAGGGAAGGAAUCAAUCUUUACUCAAAAAUCACUAUUGAUUAUACAGAUGCGAUACUAGGGACUACAGUAAAGGUGGAUACUGUGGACGGCCAUCGAGAGCUCAAAAUACCAUCAGGAAUUCAGCCCGGGGAUACCAUAAAGUUGCCCCACAUGGGGGUACCAGACAUCAAUAGACCAACUUCACGAGGGGAUCACCUCUUUACCGUGAAUGUCGUUAUUCCAAAAGAUAUAAGUGAGGAAGAGCGAGUACUUGUCAAGAAAUUAUCAUCACUCAGGGCAUCAAAGAAGAUCCACUCAACGCCUAGCAACGGUAGAGGUGACUCUGAGGCCAGCUUCAGCAAGCAAAAAACUAGAGACACGAAGGACCAUUCUCGUUGGAAAUCUAUUAAGGACCUUUUCGGGAAGAAAAAUUCUCGGGAAGGAUUUGCAUCUCUGAGUGUGAUUUCAUGGGUACCACCAUUUUCUACCAAGCAAGAUCCCGUGGAGAUCGUUUCAAUCUGUAUGGCCUUCAUUAUAACUUUUAUUUUUACCUUAAAAGAGAGUAGUUACUGCAAAUUAUUCCGCUACCAGAAUACAGGUCCUGGUGACUGUAGGAUACUAAGAGAUGAGCAUACAAGGGAUCUCUCCUCGACAAAUACUUGAAAAAUUAUUCUGUUUCUUUUCGAAAUUGUGUACAUUACCCCAGAUGUUGAAAAUCGGGGAGCUUUUAUAGUGAUCGACUUUGCCUUAUAAUUCCAGUAUUUUUUACUAUCAAGCCU